AUGGGUUACUACCAGAAUGACCUGUACUUUGGCAACAACUCUGUGUACGAAUAUCUCUGGCUGACUGAGAUAUUUUUCAACGUCGAGUUUGAAGACACUGCCUACGAGUUCUGGAUACCGAAUGCAAAGUGGAAGGGUAUAAAAAACUUAUGCGCACCUACUGAUAAGACUGCCGAUUAUAGGCUAUGGUCUAAUCCAAACAUAGACAAAGUCCACGACGAAUUAGGUGGAGAGUUUGGAGUAUCGUAUGAGCAAUGUCCGUUCGGGCCUCCGGCACACAGAACUAUCGACUCCGGCAAAGUGCAUUUGGGGGGACCUGUUGAGUCGUUGCUGGAUAACAACAACACCUUGACCCUGCAGUGUAGGAAGAAGCCGUGUGAAGUCAACAUGUGCAAAAACGGAGGCAAGUGCAAGACAGACUUUUACGCCGAGUAUAAAGCCACGUGCGAAUGUGUGGAGCCGUACUAUGGACUGGAUUGUUCGCUAACCACAGGCUUGCCAGUUACAGCCCGGGAAACCUUUUACUACUCGCAGCGAGACUGUAAGAAAUAUAUUUUCAGCGGUUCUCUACAUAUUACUGGACCUAAUCAGUUUAUGCCUAUGCUCGACAAUGGAACAACAUUUAAUCAAUUCAAAACAUAUAGCUACACAACAGGGUUAUUCACCAAUAACUUCGGUUAUGGCGACGGGGGUAGAACCGACUUUUUCUAUCCGGGUGAAGAACUGUACCUGAGGGUGACCUCUGACGAACAGGUGGGCUUCAGGUUUCUAUCAGCCGGUGAUACUACUAAAAUACGAAACAUAACCACUUGCACCGACACCCAACACCCGAGUUUUGUACUGUGGCAUUCUGGCACAUCAUCACAGUUGCUGCAAACACGCACCACGGGGAUGGGAAACACGGUACACGAGGAUUGCUUGGGCACUUAUUUAACCAAAACCCAGUUCAUUGGAGGGUUAAUGAGGGAUUUAACAGAUGAUCAGGGCGAGUUGAUCAUUCAGUGCUUUAAUACUACGAAUGAGGUUGCGUACGGCGUGAGCUCCCCGUCACAAGGCGGUACAGCCAGCAAAAGCGAUGUCGCGAACGCAGGUCUCAUUGCCUCUGUAGUGCUGGGUGUAGUAUUCAUCAUCGCUCUAGUAACAGCUGUGCUAUACUACCUGCACAGAUGGCGAAAAAAAAGGUCCGAGGCUUCUCGGCGGCGAUCAGAUGACCCCGCACGGGCCAGCAGGGAACAUCCGCUGUGUGGUCUCCCGAAUAAUUUCUUGGCCAAAAUCAACCAUCCCGAUUCCAUUCGAGUGCGCCAGCAAAUGCGCUGCAAAGUCAUACCGGCUGAUAGGGUGACUAAGAUGCACGAGCUAGGGCGAGGAAACUUCGGCACGGUUUACUGUGGAUUGCUUCUGGGUGACAAAUCAGGGGAGGAGUCACCUGUGGCCAUUAAAGAGUUGAAUAAUAGCAGUACGGGAGAAAAUAGUGAGGACGCGUGUCAGUUCCUGGUGGAAGCCCAAAUCAUGCGCGAUAUGAACCACGUGAACGUAAUGUGCUGCAUAGGUCUUAUCGAAGGACCCCCAUUGGGAAUAGUGCUGGAUAUCAUGACUAUGGGUGAUCUGAAUACAUAUCUUGGUUCUCAGGAUGAACGGGAGACGAGUGUAACAGUGGCGGAGAAGUACUUCUUUUGCUAUCAGAUAGCUCGGGGCAUGAACUACUUGGGACGGAUGGGAAUUGUCCACAGAGAUCUGGCAACGCGAAACUGUAUGCUGGGACUACCAUCCAAGCAGACGACAUUUGGAUUUCCCGAGCUGAAAGUGGCGGAUUUUGGCCUGUCGAGAGUCGUAUCAGACCAGGGCUAUUAUCGAAUGGAGAACAGAACGAAACUUCCAUUUGCCUGGAUGUCCCCCGAAGCUCUAACUGAGCGGACGUUUAACGGCAAAAGCGAUGUUUGGAGCUUCGGCAUCACUGUAUGGGAAAUAUUCAAUAACUGCAACGGGACACCAUAUGGGCGUGAUAAGAAUGUAUUUGCGAUACUGACAUUUCUGAAUUCCGGUCUCAGGCUCGAGAAGCCAGAGUGCUGCACAAAG